AGGGAGCAGGACAGGUUCCUGCCCAUAGCCAACAUCAGCCGCAUCAUGAAGAAGUCGCUGCCGGGCAACGCCAAGAUUGCCAAGGAUGCCAAGGAGACGGUGCAGGAGUGCCUGUCUGAAUUCAUCUCCUUCAUUACCAGCGAGGCCAGCGACAAGUGCCAGCGGGAGCGGCGCAAGACCAUCAACGGCGACGACCUGCUGUGGGCCAUGACCACCCUGGGCUUUGACGAGUAUGUAGAACCGCUCAAAGAGUACCUGGCCAAGUUCAGGGAGGCCGAG